AUGGACGGCAUAAAAGCAGCGUUCGCGCGGGCGAAACGAGAGAAUCGGGCGGCCCUUGUGACCUACACCACUGCCGGCUACCCAACCAUUGGGGAAACAGCAGAUGUCCUUCUCGGAAUGGAAGCCGGCGGCUCCGAUGUCAUCGAGCUUGGAACACCCUUCACCGACCCCAUCGCCGACGGCCCUACGAUUCAGAAAGCCAACACCAAAGCGCUAGAGAACGGCACGACGACGACGUCAUGUCUGAAUAUCGUGCGAGAGGCGCGGAAGAGAGGGUUGAGGGCGCCGGUGUUGCUCAUGGGGUACUACAACCCGCUUUUAGCAUAUGGAGAGGAGAGGAUGUUGAAGGAUGCCAAGGCGGCGGGAGUGAAUGGGUUUAUUAUGGUUGACCUGCCACCAGAGGAGGCGGUGAGGUUCCGUGGACACUGCACGGAUUAUGGCCUUUCCUAUGUCCCACUCAUUGCGCCCGCGACGAGUGAGAAGCGGAUGAAGCUACUGUGUAGUAUCGCCGAUAGCUUCAUCUACGUCGUCAGUCGGAUGGGCGUCACGGGUGCGACUGGUGCUCUCAGCUCUGGCCUCCCAGAUCUCUUGGCCAAAGUACACAAAUUUUCCGGUGGCAUUCCAGCGGCCGUGGGCUUUGGCGUAAGCACACGUGAGCACUUUGUCGAGGUCGGCAAAGUCGCAGAAGGCGUAGUCAUCGGUAGCCAGAUCAUCAAUACACUACGAGAGGCGCCCGAGGGCCAAGGAGCGAAAGCUGUAGAGGAGUACUGUCACACCAUCACACAACGACGGAAUCCAGCAGUAUCACCCGCAACGAAUGGUCACUCGAACGGCACAUCUCACGGUAUCAGCACCGAUGCAAAUCCGAACGGUGACGGUAGUGGCUGGAUAUCACACUCCAACGGCGAAGCGCCGAAGGAGAUCUCCGCGGCCGAUCCUACGAAAGAGCCAGCAAGCAAAAGCGACCCUUCGAAUGGUACCGUGCAUGUCGACGCAGUAGUCACAGGUGGCGACGGACCCGGUCUAGCAGAUCAGCUCGACGCGCUCAACACCCAGGACGAAAAGGACCCAGAACUCAUGCCCAGUCGAUUUGGUGAGUUUGGUGGCCAGUAUGUUCCUGAAUCACUGAUGGACUGUCUGGCGGAGCUGGAGAAGGGCUUCGACGACGCAUGCAAAGACCCGAAAUUCUGGGAAGAAUUUCGCUCCUACUAUCCCUACAUGUCACGACCUUCAUCACUACAUCGAGCAGAUCGCCUAACAGAGUACGUACGAAAGGAAGCCGGCAAAGGCAAAGGUGCAAACAUCUACCUCAAACGCGAAGAUCUCAACCAUACUGGGUCCCACAAAAUCAACAACGCCGUCGGCCAAGCCCUCAUCGCACGAAGACUGGGCAAGAACGAAAUCAUUGCCGAGACAGGUGCAGGUCAACACGGCGUAGCUACCGCUACCGUAUGCGCAAGAUUCGGCAUGAAAUGCACAGUCUACAUGGGCGCCGAAGACGUGCGACGGCAAGCACUGAACGUCUUCCGGAUGAAAUUGCUUGGUGCCACCGUCGUGGCAGUGGAUGCUGGAACCAGGACAUUACGAGACGCUGUUAACGAAGCGAUGAGGAAGUGGGUGGAGAAGUUGGAUACGACACACUACAUCAUCGGCAGUGCCAUAGGACCCCAUCCCUUCCCAACAAUCGUACGAACAUUCCAGUCUGUCAUUGGCAACGAGACGAAAGAACAAAUGCAGGCCUUGACCGGACGACUUCCAGACGCAGUAGUAGCCUGCGUAGGUGGCGGCAGUAACGCGGUGGGGAUGUUUCACCCCUUCGCGACUGACGCCUCGGUCAGAUUACUAGGUGUAGAAGCCGGCGGCGAUGGUCUCGAUACAGACCGGCACUCGGCCACGUUAUCAGGUGGGAAACCAGGUGUACUCCACGGCGUGCGCACCUACAUCCUCCAGAACGCGGAAGGCCAGAUAACAGAUACCCACUCCGUCUCCGCUGGUCUUGACUACCCCGGCGUGGGACCCGAACUAUCUGGCUGGAAAGACAGUAGUCGAGCGAAAUUCGUGGCCGCCACUGAUAGUGAAGCGUUCAUUGGCUUCAGGAUACUAUCGGAGCUCGAGGGCAUCAUCCCGGCAUUGGAGACCAGUCAUGCCAUCUUCGGAGCCAUCGAGAUGGCCAAGACAAUGGGUGAGGAUGAGACACUAGUGAUCAAUCUUUCUGGAAGAGGUGAUAAGGAUGUGCAGUCUGUCGCCGAAGAGUUACCGGUGAUUGGCCCAAAGAUUGGGUGGGAUCUGAGGUUCUAG